GACCGCUCGGGCCUCAUCAUAACUCUUCCAACUUCCAUCCAAUCAUCACCCGCUCAUGUCACUGAUGCAAUCACUACUCUCUCGUUAGUGGAUCUGACCCUCUUGGGUCUCGACCCCACAAUCCACAUGUGCAUCCCUUCUUGCAAGGGUACUCACACUGACCUAGCAGAGGGGGUGAUUGGUUGGGUAACCAACAAUCAUGGUAAAAUAUACUCAAUUUUGGCUGUUCUAUGGAAGAGCCAGGGUCUGUUUUGUCGUGGAACAGUUUGUUACCGCAUUCGGGAUCCUGUAGAUGGGAAGGAAUAUACAAUGAAAGAUUGUUGGGUGGCUGAGGCCAAGAGAUACCACGAAGUGGACAUCCUUGAGAGGGUCAAGAACAUCUCUAAUGUGGUCCAGCUUGUAGACCAUUGGGAUGUCCUAUUCGACGGGGAGCCUGACUGCACAGCCCACAUUCAGGAUAGAUAUGGUAUCCUGCCUGAGGACAGGCCAGACAAGAGGUUUGUAAACAGGUAUCACCGACGCCUUCUCUUGACCCCCUGCGGAGAUCCAUUAUGGCAUUUCAGCUCCAGAAAGGAACUGAUUUGCACCUUUUGCGAUUUCAUGGUCAGUGAGUUCAGUUUCAUGUGUUUUAUUUAUUGUAUUAUCUAA